UUCCCCGGCACCCUGUCUAGGACAGUGGGGGUCAGGUCCCGGGGCUGCAGACGGACGGACGGAAUGGGGGGCUGGAGCCUGGGGCUGGGGCUGCUCGUGGCUCUGGCCACCUCCGGAGCCGGCGCCCUGAACGAGGAGGAGCGGCUCAUCCGCUACCUCUUUGAGGAGAAGGCUUAUAACAAGAACCUGCGGCCGGUGGAGCGCCAGGGGGACAGGGUGGACAUCUCCUUGGCCCUCACCCUCUCCAACCUCAUCUCCCUGAAAGAAGUGGACGAGACCCUCACCACCAACGUGUGGAUCGAGCAUGGCUGGAUGGACAGCCGGCUCCAAUGGGAGAUGGCCGAGUUCGGAAACAUCAGCGUCCUGCGCCUGCCUCCAGACAUGCUGUGGCUCCCAGAGAUCGUCCUGGAGAACAACAAUGACGGCACCUUCCAGAUCUCCUACUCCUGCAACAUCCUCCUCUACCCCUCUGGUUGGGUUUACUGGCUGCCCCCCGCCAUCUUCCAGUCUUCUUGCCCCAUCACCGUCACCUACUUCCCCUUUGACUGGCAGAACUGCUCCCUCAAGUUCAGCUCCCUGACAUACACGGCCAAGGAGAUCAAUCUGCAGCUGAAGCAGGAGACUGAUGGAGAGGGGCGCUCCUACCCCGUGGAGUGGAUCAUCAUUGACCCCGAAGGCUUCACGGAAAACGGGGAGUGGGAAAUCGUUCACCGGCCUGCCCGGAAAAACAUCGACCAGAGCGUGUCCCCGGCCAGCACCAGCUACCAGGACAUCACCUUCUACCUCAUCAUCCGCAGGAAGCCCCUGUUCUACAUCAUCAACAUCCUGGUGCCCUGCGUCCUCAUCUCUUUCAUGAUCAACCUGGCCUUCUACCUGCCUGCCGACAGUGGUGAGAAGACUUCAGUGACCAUCUCAGUCCUGCUGGCCCAGUCUGUCUUCCUGCUGCUCAUUUCCAAGCGUCUGCCCGCGACUUCCCACGCCAUCCCCCUCAUUGGCAAGUUCCUUCUCUUCGGGAUGGUCCUGGUCACCAUCAUCGUGCUCAUCUGUGUGGUUACCCUGAACAUCCACCACCGCACGCCCAGCACCCACGUCCUCUCGCAGGGGGUCAGGAAGAUGUUCCUGGAGACCCUGCCGCGGUGGCUGCACAUGUCCCAGCCCGAGGCGGAGCCCGCGCCCGGCUCCCAGGUGCGCCGCAGCAGCUCCCUGGGCUACAUCUCCAAAGCGGAGGAAUACUUCACGGUCAAGUCCCGCAGCGACCUCAUGUUCGAGAAGCAGUCGCAGCGCCACGGGCUGGCCAGCCGCGUCACCCCCGCGCGGCGGCCCCCGCCCGGGUCCGAGGAGUCCCAGCAGGAGCUGCUGAAUGAGAUCAGGCCGGCCGUGGACGGGGCCAACUUCAUCGUCAGCCACAUGAGAGACCAGAACAACUACAACGAGGAGAAGGACAGCUGGGGCCGAGUGGCCCGGACCGUGGACCGCCUCUGCCUCUUCGUGGUGACCCCGCUGAUGGCGCUGGGGACCGCCUGGAUCCUCCUGCAGGGCAUGUACAACCGGCCCCCGCUCCAGCCCUUCCCCGGGGACCCCUUCACCUACGACGAGAAGGACAAACGCUUCAUCUAGGAGCCGCCCACCCGGGGGCCCCCGGACCGGUGGUCCCAUGGCCCCUGCCCCGGGGUGGGGGGCAGUAAGGGGAGGGGAGGGGUAACUGCCCUGAAGUACCAGAGCCAGGGGGAGGGGGGAGGGACAACAUCCGCAGCUCCUUCUGGGGUCCCGAAGGGCCGCCCUUCUCAAAGGCCAGGCCCUGACUCAGCCCUGGGGAAGGAGGGCGCCAAGGCCGCAGUCUGUCCACUGAGGACUGAGGAGCCACUAACUGGCAGGCAGGGCUUUAGCUAGGAAAUGAAGGAAGGAAAAGGGGGAGGGAGGGAGGGAGGGAAGGAGAAAGAGAGAAAAAGAAGGAAGGGAGGAAGGCAGAGGGAGGGAGGGGCAGUGUGAAUAAAUAGUCAUUAAAUUAAGUCCUGAUUGCCACACCGUGUACCCAGCUCUGCUCGAUGCUGGAGUGGGGGAAAGUACCAUUUCUGGAGCAUGCGAGAGUUUGCAAAUAGUUUUGCAGCCAUUCUCUCAUUUGGAGAUCAAUUAAAUCAUAUUUCAAACCAAGAGUCAAAUCAGAAAA